CGUAUUUCCUCAUCCCAGCCUGCUGAGCCUGGCAGUCCCUGCGGUCUCUUGAGAACUGAUGCCAUCCUGACGCCCCUGGCGGGGAGCUGGGGCGAGGGGACCCCUGGGCUGGUGUUCAAAGGCCUUUCGAUGCCCCCGCUCCCCAUUUGUUUGUGUUAAUUCCCCAUGCCCGGGCGGUCUCCUGCCACGGAGGCCUUUGUUCAAAGCUUCCGUGGCGGCUGUGAUUAAGCUGUUCAGAGCUUGCCUUGCUCCCAGUUAUCUCUUGUGAGGCACAUGAGGGAUUUAAAGGUGCAGCAUCAUGGUUAUGAAAGCUUCAGUAGAAGAUGAUGAUUCAGGAUGGGAACUCGGUAUGCCUGACAAGAUGGAAAAGAGUAAUACAAGCUGGAUAGAUAUAACCCAGGAUUUUGAAGAAGCUUGUAGAGAACUGAAGUUAGGAGAACUGCUUCAUGACAAGCUUUUUGGUCUCUUUGAAGCCAUGUCUGCCAUUGAAAUGAUGGAUCCCAAGAUGGAUGCUGGGAUGAUUGGAAACCAAGUUAACAGAAAGGUUCUUAACUUUGAGCAAGCUAUUAAGGAUGGCACCAUUAAAAUAAAGGAUCUCACUUCACCUGAGCUGGUAGGAAUAAUGGAUACGUGUUUUUGUUGUUUGAUAACAUGGUUAGAAGGACAUUCCUUGGCACAGACAGUAUUCACUUGCCUUUAUAUUCAUAAUCCAGACUUCAUAGAAGAUCCUGCUAUGAAGGCUUUUGCUCUUGGGAUCCUAAAAAUCUGUGAUAUUGCCAGAGAAAAGGUUAACAAAGCAGCUGUUUUUGAGGAGGAAGAUUUUCAGUCAAUGACUUACGGAUUUAAAAUGGCCAACAGUGUGACAGAUCUUAGAGUUACAGGUAUGCUGAAAGAUGUAGAAGAGGACAUGCAAAGACGAGUGAAGAGCACUCGAAGUCGACAAGGAGAAGAGAGAGAUCCAGAAGUUGAACUUGAACAUCAACAAUGUUUAGCUGUGUUCAGCAGAGUCAAGUUUACCCGGGUACUGCUGACUGUUCUAAUAGCAUUUACAAAAAAAGAGAUGAGUGCAGUUGUGGAAGCUCAGAAACUAAUGACUCAGGCAGCUGACUUGCUUUCUGCUAUCCACAAUUCAUUGCAUCACGGUAUGCAGGCACAGAACGAUACCACUAAAGGAGAUCAUCCUAUUAUGAUGGGCUUUGAGCCCCUGGUUAAUCAGAGAUUGCUGCCACCAACUUUCCCUCGAUAUGCAAAAAUAAUUAAAAGGGAAGAAAUGGUCAGUUAUUUUUCCAAACUAAUAGACCGAAUAAAAACUGUAUGUGAAGUAGUCAACUUAACUAAUUUGCACUGUAUACUGGACUUCUUCUGUGAGUUUAGUGAGCAAUCACCAUGUGUUCUUUCAAGAUCCCUGUUACAGACAACCUUCCUAGUAGAUAAUAAGAAGGUGUUUGGCACUCACCUCAUGCAAGACAUGGUGAAAGAUGCUUUAAGGUCUUUUGUCAGUCCUCCAGUCCUUUCUCCAAAAUGUUGUCUUUAUAAUAAUCACCAGGCGAAGGACUACAUUGAUUCCUUUGUGACACAUUGUGUUCGGCCAUUCUGUAGUUUGAUUCAAAUCCAUGGACACAAUAGAGCUCGUCAGAGAGAUAAACUGGGUCACAUUCUUGAGGAAUUUGCCACCCUACAGGAUGAGGCAGAGAAAGUAGAUGCAGCGCUUCAUAGUAUGUUACUGAAGCAGGAACCACAAAGACAACAUUUGGCUUGCUUGGGCACCUGGGUCCUAUAUCAUAACCUUCGUAUUAUGAUACAGUAUCUUCUCAGUGGCUUUGAGUUGGAACUUUACAGUAUGCAUGAAUAUUACUACAUAUAUUGGUACCUGUCAGAGUUCCUUUAUGCCUGGUUGAUGUCAACACUGAGCCGCGCUGACAGCGCUCAAAUGACAGAGGAAAGAAUAAUGGAGGAGCAACAGAAAGGACGUAGUAGUAAGAAAACAAAGAAAAAGAAGAAAGUUCGUCCUCUCAGCAGGGAGAUCACCAUGAGUCAGGCAUACCAAAAUAUGUGCGCUGGGAUGUACAAGACAAUGAUCGCAUUUGAUAUGGAUGGCAAAGUAAGAAAACCUAAGUUUGAACUGGAUAGUGAACAAGUUCGAUAUGAGCACAGGUUUGCUCCAUUCAACAGUGUUAUAACGCCACCCCCAGUGCACUACCUGCAAUUUAAAGAAAUGUCUGAUUUAAAUAAGUAUAGCCCACCUCCCCAGUCAUCAGAUCUCUACAUGGCAGCUAGCAAACACUACCAGCAAGCUAAAAUGAUUCUUGAGAAUAUUCCGAAUCCAGACAAUGAGGUCAGUCGAAUUCUAAAAGUUGCAAAACCCAAUAUUGUGGUCAUGAAGCUGCUGGCAGGAGGCCACAAGAAAGACUCUAAGGUUCCUCCAGAAUUUGAUUUCUCUCCUCAUAAAUACUUCCCAGUUGUGAAGCUUGUUUGAAGGACAAGAAAUUAUUGUUAGGAUACCUGAAGAUACCUGUGUAGCAGAUACCAGCUGUAAGAGGGAAUAUCUAGGCUUACACUCAGACUGCAAGGGACCUCCAGGAUACAAGUACUGUUACGUGGAAUAUGUGUAGUCUGCUGCCUUCAUCUGAUCUGACAACUGCUGUUUGAAAGUGGUUUGUAUAAAGUUUAAUGCAUUGUAUGUGUGAAGCUGAUUUUAAUCAACUGUAUUGUUGAAGAAUGCCAUACCUUAAUUGAUUUUAUUACAGAGUUAAUCAUAAUUUUUAUUAAUGUGAUCUGAGAGAAAAUGGUGGCUUAGGGACUGAAUAAAAAUCGUGCAAAAUUCUCCAUUCAGCAAAGUCA